UCCUCCUCUCCCAUGGCGGUUCCCUCUCUCCCCUCCCCACCGAAACCCUAAUUCUCCCCACCCCGAAACCCUAAUCCCCCCGCGCGAUCGCUCCGGCUCCAAUGGCCCCGGCUGCGAAACCCUAGAUAGUCGCCGUGGUGUCGUGGCCGGGGAUGGCGAUCGUCACCGGAGACCGCUACCUCGAGCAGCUGGUGGACUUCGUGGAGCGCAACGCCGGGGCGCUGCUCGACGGAACCCUAACCCUGAAGCUGAACCCCGCGGGGCUUCGCUACGUGCAGUCGCGGCUCGAGGCGCUGCGGGAGCUCGAGGGGCUCCUCGCCGGCGCCCCCGUCGACUACCUCCGCGCCUACGUCUCCGACCUCGGCGACCACCGCGCGCUCGAGCAGCUGCGGCGGAUCCUGCGCCUGCUCACCUCGCUCAAGGUCAUCUCGCCGCUCCCCGCGCCAGCGCGGCGCGACCCCACGCCGCUCGCGCUCGGGCCCUUCGGCCGCCUCAGGGUGCUCGAGCUCCGCGGCUGCGAUCUCUCCACCUCCGCCGCGAAGGGCCUCCUCGAGCUCCGCCACACGCUGGAGAAGCUCAUUUGCCACAAUUCCACGGAUGCACUCAGGCAUGUAUUUGCGAGCAGAAUUGUGGAUGUAAAGGAUUCCCCUGUUUGGAACCGGCUUUCUUUUGUCUCAUGCGCUUGCAAUGGGUUGGUCCUCAUGGAUGAGUCAUUGCAGUUGCUUCCUGCUGUUGAAACUCUUGAUCUGAGUAGGAAUCGCUUUACAAAAGUCGAUAACCUGCGGAAGUGCAUGAAGCUGCGGCACUUGGAUUUGGGUUUUAAUCACCUGAGGAAGAUAUCAUUGUUGAGUGAGGCUUCCUCUCGAAUAGUCAAACUUGUUUUGAGAAACAAUGCUCUAACUACGCUGCAUGGGAUUGAAAAUCUGAAGUCGCUUGAAGGGCUUGACCUUUCCUACAAUAUAAUUUCCAGUUUUGUAGAGUUGGAGAUCCUUGCUAAUCUUUCUCGUCUACAGAGCCUUUGGUUGGAAGGAAAUCCAAUUUGCUAUGCUAGGUGGUAUCGAGCGCAUGUUUUCAGCUUCUUUCCGCAUCCGGAGAAAUUGAAAUUAGAUGAAAAGGGUAUCAGCACAGGAGAAUAUUGGGAAAGGCAUGUAAUAAUAUCUGCAAGCAAACAAAAACACCCAUCUGGAUAUGGAUUUUACUUUCCUGCAAAAGAUGGUCCUACAGAUGAAACUAGUCUAAGUACUAAAAGGAAGAAGAGUUCACGUCUUGCCUGUAUCGAUGAGGAACAAAGGAAUUUAUGCGAAGAGGCCUUGGAUCAAGAAAUAAUAUCAUCUGAUAGUGAUCAUCUUAGGAAAGAGGAGAAUGCCAUCACAGAGAGUGAGUCCAAAAUUGUUGGCUUGAUCAGUAGAGCUGAAUACUUAAAAAAAGAGAGAUCUAAUCUUUGGUUGCGUGAAUUCAAGGAGUGGAUGGACCAAACUUCUGACGAUGCAAUGGACAAAGCCCAGUGUGUAGAGACCAAGCUUGGUCAUGGCAAAGGAAGGAAUCUGAAACACAAGAAAGUACAGAAGUUAUUUAGGGAAACUUCGAAGAGUAUUUUAGAUCCUACACGAACUUCCAACAGUGGAAGUAGCUCAAACAUGUUGGAGUCCGAGUCUGAACUAUUAUUUUCAGAUGCAAAAGUUGGUGGUGCAUCUCUGGAGCUGGUUAUUAGUGAAGCAGAUCAAUCACUGGUUCAUCAGAAUGAAACACAAAAUCUUUCUUCAUCAGAGUUAGGCUACCCCCGUCAUAGUUCUUUUACAGCUGACAAAGGUGAUGCGCAAAGCUCAAAGACAAAUUUAGCAAACUCAGCAGCAUCGAACAUCAUCAAUGAGAUAAUGGUAUCACAACUAUCCAAUAGAUACCCUAGGUCACCUCCAAAAUAUCGCGAGGAUAUUCUACAACAUAGGCUUUAUUUGGAGGAGGAAUUCUUGCAGCUAUCAGCUGAGUCGCACGAUGUGAGGUUGGCAUCAGGUAGUGAUACGAGCUCUAGUGAUGAUGCGUUAUGUCAGUUAAACUCGUCCAGUUCUGAAGAUGAAUAUGGGGUAAAGGAAACAUUUAUGAAGUUGGGUGUUAAUGGUCAUUCAACUUCAUUACCUGAUGAAGAUGAACAUUCUAUGCAAAUGCAUGAGAAAGGAAGUCUAGUAGGGGACAAUAUCACACUUAAUAAAUCUGCCGAGCAAGAUUCUGGUCCUACUAGAAAUAUAUUGGCAAACAAUGUUAAAGGUGUUGUAGUGCAUGUUUCUUCAGAUGGUGUUGAUUCUGAUACUGAUCAAAUGGGUCAAGAAGUUGGCAGCAUGGCAAGACGAAAAGGUAAACGGAAGUUUAGGAGAAGGGUUAUUCCACUUUGUGAUUAUUAUAAUGGUACGAAAUUGGACGUUCUGAAGGCUAAUGGAAUUCUACAAGUUUAUAAUGACGAUACUCAGGAUGUGCACGGCCAAGCAAGUUGCUAUAUGAAUAUUUCUCAACUUUCUUGUAAGGAAUUCAGCACAGGAAAUCAGGAGGGAAUUAUUACGGUCACUAACGGUUCAAAGAAUACAUUACUUGAUCCUAAAGCUGAAUUGGAUCAGUAUUUAAAAGAUAUUUUCAACCAGAAAGUUGCAGAUCAGAAAGACUCUGAAACUUGUGAAGAUGUAGUUUAUUGUGAAUGUAUAAUUCAACAAGGAACAAACCUUCUUGAGAGCAAAGUCUCUCUGCUCCGGAGCUGUAUGAAAAAGUUAUAUGUGCUGCUUGUCGAUGAAACAUUAGAUGGACAAGAAGUCACCCCUAGAGUUUUGGAAAGCUGUAGGCUUGAAGAGCUAGCCAAAGUUGCGGUAGGGUUGGGACUGCAAGCGUUGAGGGUGUACAUGAUUGGGGAUGCAUCGUACCUAUUUUUAGCAAGGAGUGUGGAGAAAGCAAAAGCUAUACUCAAUCUCUUGCAGGACAAUAGUAUGCAGUUAAACAACAGAUUUUAUCUGCAAAGUUGGGAGCAGGUCCAGGUUAAAUUGCUUGAGAAGCAUAUUUGUGGAAGUCUGAAGAUGGGUAUCUUCCUCUACUCAAUGCUGUUAUUUUGGUGCGAUGAUUGCAAAGAGGAAACAUGGGAGCAUAGAUCCCUUUUUGUCAUCGACGGAUCUAUAGUUGUAUGUGUUGAGAACCUUGUACAGUUCGGCUCUUCUAUUGAUGAUUUGGAAUCAUCUCUUCCAUAUUUUUCUCUUGAUUCGUGCUGCCCCAUUGAGAGCAUCCUAGAAAUGGCCAUUGAUCUCCGUGAUAUGAAAUGUUCGACAUUAAUUCUGGAUGUCGACCGAACUAGUAGGAACAUACGCUUUUCUGGCGAUAACGGCCACAAGAAUCGGCGAGAGGUUGAGACAUCUAAGAAGAUCCGUACGUGGAAACUGAAGUGGUUCUCUGAAGAGACUCUGCUUAAGUUUGUUGCCGUGGUGAAGGCGCUCCAUUUAGAGCGUGUAAAUUCUCCUUUACCUGUACAUUACAUACCUUGAUGUGUUUUCAUAGGCGCGAUUCUCUAGUCGAUUUCAUUCAUUCUUUCAGGUAUCAUCUUUCCCAAUUUUGUGUACAGUUGCAUGCAUGUUAGGUCUCUUUUCUACCUCUUCCGCCGAUUUGCAAAUUUUGUUUGUAUUAUUUCGAAUGAGUAUUUGUACAGGAUGUAAAAAUGUACUUGACAAUUAGUGUAAAUUCAGUUCUUGUAAUUUCUUGUCUA